GGAUACUGUCCCUCGCACACUCUCCAAUAUGGCGCCGAAAAAACAGCAAAAAAUGUCUCUAAAUGAGUUCCUGGGGGAUACCACCCUGGGAUCAUGGGCAGAUGAGAUGGACGCUCUGCCUACUGCUCCCUCUGGAAGAGCUGACGAUGAUCGUGGUGGAAGAAGAGGAGAUGAUUUCCUUUCCUCGAGGCCGGACAGAGGAGACAGGCAGAUGUUCCCGCCCCGCGAGGAUAUCCCGUUGCCCACCCAGCCUCCUUACACGGCCUUCAUCGGUAAUCUUGCCUUCGAUCUUACUGAACAAGAUUUGGAAAGCUUCUUCGGAUCCUUCCAGGUCAAAAAUGUGAAGGUGAUCAAGGACAGGGAUGAACGUCCCAAAGGUUUCGGUUACGUAGAGUUUGAAGGACUGGACGAUUUGAAGGGCGCUCUUGCUCAGUCCGGCACAUCUUUGUCAGGCCGCACGAUUCGUGUAAGCGUCGCCGAACCACCCAAGGAACGUGGCGGUUUCGGCGGAGGAGGUUUCGGCGGAGACGACUCAAAAUUCGCAGAGCCUUGGCGUCGUGCUGGUCCCCUCCCUGAUCUCCCGGAUUCACGGGACUCCUCCCGUCGUCGUUACGACAGCUCGACUGGUCCAGGUCCUCGCGAGCCUCCACCUCCCUCCCUCGCUGAUAAUGCCGACCAGUGGCGAUCAAGCCGAAGAGGUCCUCCACCUCCACCACCAGAAGCUGAGGGCCCACCGAAGCGUCGUGGAUUCUUUGCCGGUGAUGGACCAAGUAACGCCGAUAAGGAGGAUAAAUGGACUAUUGGCGGUAAGUUCGAGCCGAGCAAAAAUAGUGAAGAAGGCUCGAGAGGCGGAUUUGGCGGGGGAGGGUUCAGGGGGAGAGGAGAAGGUAUGGGCCCACCAAAAGAACCGUCGCCUGUGGCCGAAGAGAAAAACUGGAGGAGCGCUACUAGGCCUCCGAUUUCGCGACAAAGUACUUCGCCCAACUCCUCCACCCCUCCUACUCCCCAGAUGGGUCGUCGGAAACUCGAGCUCCUGCCCCGUUCCGGCGCACCUUCGGGCGCAUCGUCCCCGCUCUCUUCACCCAAAAUGCAGAAUGCCACUGCGAACACCGCCCAUCGAUCAAAUCCCUUUGGUGCUGCCAAACCCGUUGAUGUGACCGCAAGAGAGAACGCUGUCGCAGAACGACUCGAAAAAGAUCGUGAGGCGAUCAAAGAACGCGCCACCCACGCCCCCGUGUCCCGCACCACCUCCCGCACCGGCGUCGAACGAGGCCAAACGCCCAGGUCACCUCCGGCCAGCGUAGGCGGUAGUGUCUCUGUCCCUCCUUCGCCGAGGGUUGCCACCGCUGCUGCGAACGUGAGGCCGACGUUCAGCUUCGCCGCGGCCGCCAGUGCGAAGAAGGCAGAGGAGGCAGCAGAAAAGGCGAGCAAGGCAGACGAAGGAGCUGCGCAGAAGGAGGUGGGUGAGCAGGGGCCGGAGGUGAAGGACGUGACGGAGCAGCUUGGGGAGGUGACGAUCUGAGCAGAUCCGUACUAUUGACUUGCCGGUUGUACAACGUCCGUUCGAACUAGGGAAUGCCUUAUCGGCAACAACCUAAUGGUCGACCUCCAAUUGUUUAUUUUAUAAAUUUUCUUGCACCUCCCUCUGGUCUCUAUGCUUCGCUUUCAGUCCAUUGCUUGUCUUGUCCUUUCGUCACCCUCUCCCCCUCCAGCCUGCUCCGGCGCACAAGUUUACCUCCUCUUUACGUUCAUCAGCGGCCCACUUGCCUUACCUGCACACGCCGUUUCGAUCCCUUUUCGCCCAAAAUAAGGGGUUUGGCCAUAUGAUACUUCUGAUCUUCGUUCUAUAUGUCUAUUGUCCCCUCUCUGCCUUCCCCCUUGAACCAUUCGCCGGUCAGUUCGAUUGUCACUCAUCAUGCAUGCCAUGUGUAGCCCUUUUCUCAGGUCUCUGUUUUUUGUUGCGAAUAUUAUGCAUUCCUGAUCGUUGCUGUCAGUCCUACUGUUGUUUCGUUCGAUGCUCUGUUGAAUCUUUUGCUCGCUCAUAUUUUGGUAGCACAAUGUCUCUUCAUCUCUUGACCAUCUCACGGUUCGGAAGUACAGCGUUCGAUAUAUACAGGGGAGCGUGUAGCAGAGAAGGGAGUAAAAUAUUAUCCAUCGCACAUCAUGUAUGUAUAUAACUAUGGCCUAUUUCCCG